AAUUAAACAAAACGCGUAGUAUUUCCAGUUAAGGAAGCCCACCGGACAACUCUGCUCAACUCAUCGAAGUGUCGAACGCCCGGCUAAAUUGCCGACUCCUUUCGCGGCUUCGCCCUCCGGCAAGCUCCAGCACGCAGCACGGCAGCACCGCCACUCCACCAGGCGCCAUCACCGCAGCACGUAUUGUCAGUGGUCGCUUACUCGCUUCACGCCCGUCGCCCGGUCGCCUGCUCUCCGCCACUCACCCUUCGGCGGUUAGGCCAAUCCGCCCUUCUCAAUAGUCACCUUCCGACCUUCCCUAGUUCCGUUUCAGAAUUCAAGGAGUGCCCUGAUGAUCGUUAACUGUAUCAAGAAUGUGGUGUAAUGGCGGGAGCCUGCUGAGGAGGGCCUCGCUAUUCCUAACCAUACCCGCCUACUCACCAUCGUCCUCAUCAAACCAAAGCAGCACAAUCAGAUGUCUCAUCAUCGGUUCGAAUGCAGCGGCGUCAAGUCCCAGCGUAUCGAUAUGGAGGCGCAAGAAGGAAAUUGGGAAGGAAGGUUUAAUGGUGGCCAAGGAGCUCAAACGGUUACAGCCGUACCCGAUCCGUCUUGAGCGAUUCAUGAACUCUAGGGUAUCUCGGCUUCUCAAAUCUGAUACGGUCGCCGUCCUCGCCGAGUUCCAAAGACAGGACCUUGUCUUUCUUUCUAUGAAGAUGUAUGAGGUGGUGCGGAAGGAGAUAUGGUAUCGACCAGAUAUGUUUUUCUAUAGGGAUAUGCUUCUGAUGCUUGCAAGGAACAAAAGAGCUGAGGAGGCAAAGCAGGUGUGGAAAGAUUUGAAGAAUGAGGGAGUCCUUUUUGACCAGCAUACAUUCGGCGACCUCGUGAGGGCAUUCUUGGAUGGUGGAUUGCCUGAGGAGGCAAUGCAUGUUUAUGAUGAAAUGAGAAGCUCCACCGAGCCCCCUUUAUCUUUGCCUUACCGAGUUAUUUUAAAAGGGCUUCUUCCUUAUCCCGAUUUGAGAGAGAAGGUUAAGGAUGACUUUCUAGAACUCUUCCCAGGCAUGAUCAUUUAUGACCCUCCUGAAGACUUGUUUGAUGAUGAAGACCCGAGAAGUGAGAGUGAGGAGGAUGAUUGAAAGGGCUUCUUCCUUAUCCCGCUUUGGCGAUUUGAGAGAGAAGGUUAAGGAUGACUUUCUAGAAUUCUUCCCAGGCAUGAUCAUUUAUGACCCUCUUGAAGACUUGUUUGAUGCUGAAGACUCGAGAAAUGAGAGUGAGGUGGGUGAUUGAAUAACACAAUAAAGCAAUGGUUUUUAUUUUGCUUUGGGAAAAUUUUUAUGUACAAGUGGGUUGUCAAAAUGUACCAAAGUGAAUGCCUAAAACUCGGGAUGGGCACAGGUGACAGGUCAAAUUAGAGAGAUGCAACUUCCUUUUAAAGAGUAGGAGCGGCGUGUCACAUGUGUUGGUUCGGUCCGAGUUAUCGGCUCCCUUUAUUUUGCGGAAACUAAAACCGAGGAGUAGUACACCCCCAAAGUUUGCCAGCAUACUAAGCAUGUUUUUACUUUGUGGACAAAAAAUUUAUGGUUUGAUUUGCUUUGAGUUGGUCUGGUCUGGUAGAUGUCUAAUUUAUGUCUAUUUAUAACUAUAGAAGUUUGAUCUGUUUAAGUUUGGACUUGUCUGAUUUGUUCUGGUUUGAGAAAUAAGUUCAAGUAUAAACAACAUCAUAAUGAGGAGUUUCCAAUUUAUUUCUAAACCUUUUCUAUGUACUCCACUAAAUAAAUGAGAAAAAUGUCAAAUUG